CAUAGAACAGUGCCUUAAAGACCUGCAGUCUGAAGUAAAUGAAAUAUGUACUGAUGAAAUACUGCAAAGCACAACUGACUGUCUUCAGUGGCUAAACAACUGCAAUUUUAGUUCUCUCAAAUCCUCUUCUACACACCAUGGAGAGCUGAUAGAGUUCCUUAGGACCCUGCAAAGCUUGCUGAAGAACGAGCAAAAUCAAGAAGAAAUGAUACUUCACUUCCUUUUGGAUCUCUCUAGUCAGUGUGGUGUCUCAUUUCCCUGUACUCCAAGUGGGACGUCUUUUGAAUUAACAUCCUCCCUUCAUGCCAUUGAGGAUGAUUCAUCUAUGGAUGUGAAAUCUCUCUGGGAUGAUGUGAGAUUGCAUCUUCGUCGAUUCUUAGUGAAUAGACUGCAAAGUCAAGAAGAAACAAAUACUAAUGCUUUACAACAGCAAAUGGAGUUCAAAACGCAGUGCAUACAGCAACUUUUAUUCCUUUAUCCUGAAUCAGAUGUUUUAACAAAGUAUCAAAAUAUGCAGAAUAAACUGGUCAGUGACCUUCUACAGAACUGUGUUUUGUCUAGUAGUGGUGAAACGAGUUUUGAUAAGGUAGUUCAUGGUUACCAAAGUUCUGUACCCACAUUGUCCACAAUGAUAAAAGAGGAUUUGUAUAUACUAACUGGAACUAUUGAUCUUUCAUCAUCAUUGAAGUUUAUUAAUGAAACUUAUCUGGAUACCAUCACUGAAGAAAUGACAGUUCUUCUUGAAAGACUUUGUGAGCUGCAAUUCAAAGAAAAUGCUCUACAUAUAGUUAAGGCAAACAAGAUUUCAAAGAAGCAUAGAGGAACAGUUCAUGCUGCGGCCUCCCAAGAAUACCAUAAAAAAGGAAGAAACUUCUGCUUAACGUUGUAUCAACUCAAAUGUCUUUCUCAACUUAUCAAACUCUUUUUAUUACUGGAAGAAAAAAUCGAAGAGCUGUCUGCAGAAAUUCUAUUGGUGCCCUCAUUUACGGAGAGGACAAGUGGAGUUCUGAAGAGAGCUAGUGGGGAGCUUUUAAUAGGAGAAACUAGAGCAAAUGAAAUCAGUGUGCUUCCUGAACAGUUACUUCAGGUAGAAGAGCCUGUUUUGUUGAAUUUUGGCUGGAGAAACGCGUUUAAAGACCUGUCUUCUUCUGUGGCUCAUUGUAUAACAAUAGCAAUUGAGGAUUUUUCAACAAAAAUUCUUCAACAUGAGCAGAAGGAAGAGUUUUCAGCUGCAGGCUACGCAAUGAGUCUUGUAAACAACCAGCAAAUGAAGGAGUCCUGCAGAGCAGUCCAACAGGAGGAGCAACCAAAACGAAUUGCUAAGUUUUGUUCUGACAUCAUGGAAGAACUUGACACAUUGCUUCCAUUGGCUCUGGCAUGCAGAGAUGAUUCUCUUCAGGAAAUUAGAGCAAACUUUGUAGAGGCCUGCAGCAAAGUGGCAACAGCUGUCCUGGCAAGACUGGAGGAGAAAAGCAAAGACGUUCCCUCCAAGGCUCCCCUGCAAGACUUGUAUGCUGCCCUUUCCACAGCCAUAUACGUCUUUCAGCAUUUUACAAUGUAUAGCAAUUUAAUGAGAGAAACGAGCAAAAAGCCCCUGUUCCAACUGACUGUCCAACAAUAUCAGGAAUUCAUCAGCGUUCUCCAGUUUCAAGUUACGAACUACUGCGUCAGAGUUUGUGCUACAAGCAUUUUACAGGAUGCUGAGAGCCACCACUGGGAUGACUACAAAGCUUUUUAUGAGGGGGAAAGAUGCUCAUUCUCAGUCCAGAUGUGGCAUUACUUCUGCUGUGGUCUUCAUCAUGAUCUAUGGACUAUUCUCCCACCAAAGACAGCCCAGGAGAUCCUUACAGAUGUUCUAGAGCAAUUUUUGGCUGUGCUGUCCUCCAGAUAUUGUCAGGCCUGCCCCAGUUACAAGAGAACACCACAGAUCAGUAUUGAUAUUGCAGCAAUAUUGAUGUCCACUGAAGAUCUGCUCUGGUCAGUUUGCAGCUCUGUACAAGAGUUCCUGAAUCCACAUGAGGACAGAAAUCUAAAGAUCUAUAAAAUACAUAGCCACUGUAACAGCCUGCUCUCUGUAGUGGCUAUUUUGACUUCACCACUGAAGAAUUUAUAUGAGUGA